AUGGCGCAGAAGCUAUCGUUGCUUCCUGGUUUGACUGGAACUUUGGUCUCGUUAGGGCGAGUAGUCUCGAAUUGGGAGUACGAGUGGAUAGUUACAUACACACACGCGUAUCUCGGUGUACCUUUACUGGAAGUUGACAAAGCCAGUGUUGCAGGGUCUGCUGUAACCACAAAAACCACGAGACUACAGAAAGGUUUCGGUAUUGACGGCGUCAAAGUGGCUGUCGAGGUGUCUUCCAAUAACCAGGACUAUUCUACAAGUGGAAACGUGUAUCACUACACUCCAACGCCUGAUGUAUAUUCGCUCCAUCCGAAUCAUGGGCCUCCAAUAGGAGGAACCGGAGUUGUCGUUACUGGUAAUAAUUUCCAGAACACGAGUAGUCUACGUUGUAAGUUUGGUGAACGCGCUACAGCAGCCGCAACAUUUAUCAACUCGACACAGUUCACGUGCAUAUCUCCUAGUGGUCUUAACGAAGGCGACGUGUACGUGGAAAUAACCAACCAUGGACUUUGGGGAGUCGAUCUUCACAAGCAGUAGAAACGUCUUCACGUACGAUCCAGAGAUGAAAAUUGACUCGGUUUUCCCUUCUUCAGGACCGAUAACGGGGAAUUUCUCAGUUCAAAUAACAGGUGGACCAUUUUAAGAAAACCGACAGUAUACGUUACAA